CGUCAUAGGAGAGCGCCGGUUGUCCCAGAAACGACGGUGUCUGCACGUGUGUUUGGACUUGGAAACGUUCAAGUUGGGCAAUGGAUACGCCGCUGAGACGCAGCCGGCGUCUGGAAGGCCUAAUGCCUGAAUCCCUCGAGAAUCCCACUUCAGUUUUACGAGCGCGACGGGCCCUUGUGGAGUUUGAGUCGCAGCCAGAGGAAACAAGGGAGCCCGGGUCUCCUCCGAGUGUGCCGCAGCCGGGCCUGGGUUCCCCCGGACGGCUGCCGGAUACCAGCCCCGGAUCACCCAGUCUCCGGCAGAGUGCAGGCCUGGAGUCUCCCCGAAGGCAACUGGAGCAAGAUCUCGGCCUGGGAUCGUCCCAAAGACAGCCAGAACCGAGCCCUGAAUCCCCCCUUAGUCAGCUAAAGCCAAGUCGGGAGUCACUAGAGUUCUCCCAGGACCAGGGAGAACCGGACCCUGAGCUGGCCCAGAGUAAAGAAGAGCUAGUCCCGGAGACCCCCGGACAUCAGCUGCAGCCGGGUCCAGGAUCACCAGAGCCUUACCCCGCUCAUCAAGCGCCAGGUCCGGAGCCCUCGCGGCCACCACAGGAACUGACACCUGAGUCACCCGAAUCCCCCCGUGGUCAGCCCGAGUCCAGCAAGCCAUUUCCAUUCGGGAAGGCCGUGGCAGGCGACCUCGGGGCAAAGAAGCGAGGAGGUUCUUCAGCCCAGGCCCCAGCGUCCAAGAAGCUGAAGAAGGAGGAGGAGGAGGUUCCCAUGAUCCCAAAGGGGAAACCUAAGUCGGGGCGAGUGUGGAAGGAUCGCUCCAAGAAGAGGUUCUCCCAGAUGGUUCAGGACAAGCCCCUGCGCACAUCCUGGCAGCGGAAGAUGAAGGAGCGACAGGAGAGGAAGCUGGCCAAGGACUUUGCCCGGCACCUGGAGGAGGAGAAGGAGAAGCGCCGACAGGAGAAGAAACAGCGCCGGGCUGAGAACCUGAAGCGCCGCCUGGAGAAUGAGCGGAAGGCAGAGAUUGUCCAAGUGAUCCGAAACCCCACCAAGCUCAAGCGGGCAAAGAAGAAGCAGCUGCGCUCCAUCGAGAAGCGGGACACCUUGGCCCUGCUGCAGAAGCAGCCGCCCCAGAGGCCAGCAGCCAAGAUCUGAGUUCAGGACAGCCCCGAGAUCUUCCACAGCCAGCCACCACGUCAGACAUGGCACCCCUCAUGCCUGUGGUCAGACGCCUUGCUGGGUCCAGCACUCCAAUUCCUGGGCUCCUAAACAAGGGACUCCCUCACCCCACCCCAUCCCCGAUGGGGCUCCCGAGCCUUUGGGGGGUCUUGGGCAAGUCUUUCUGGGACAGAGGCCUGGAGGGGACCUGGGGGCCUGGCAGAGACCAGUGGCAGGAAGAGGGUCAGCUCUUCCCUGUCUCCUUCCGGCUCCUUCUCCAAGUGCCUUCAGAUCAAGAACUGUAAAUUCCUCCAGUUCCUCAGUGAGCUGGUGACAAAGGUGACUCCCCAAAUGUCCUGUUUCAGCGUCCCAGGUCCAACCCAGGCUGCUUGGGGUACCUCUGCACCCCGCUGACCCUGUCACCCAGUGAGCUGAAUCCGCCCCCCCUUCCAAGUGUAAAAUGGGGAGGAUGCAGGGAACAGGGUUUCCCUCCAUCAUCCUCUUUCUGUACCAGCUUCUCCAGCAGCCCCAAAGAUCUCAUUAACUCAACACCCAUUCCAGGCAACAAGAAAAAUAUUUAUUGAAUACCUGCUGUAUACAGGCACAAUUCUCCAGGUACCAGGGAAUACAGGCCACAGACAAAAGUCCCCGCCCUUAAGGAGCUUUCAUUCUGAGGGGGAACAACAGACAAUAAACAAGUAAAAUAC